UCUUCUUCUUCUACAAUGAAGUAUCCAAGUGUUGAAAUCAUAUCAGAUUGCUUCAUCAAACCAAAAUUCUUUUCAGAGGAAGCCAAAAACCCAACUUACUUAUCCCCAUGGGAUCUUGCCAUGAUGUCUACACAUUACAUUCAAAAGGGUCUCCUCUACCCCUUGCCAGAAAGUAAAGAUUUCUCCAUAACCACCUUCUUGGACGACCUCAAAGACUCGCUUUCCGCCACACUUACUCAUUUCCACCCACUCGCGGCCCGUUUAGCAACCAUAAAACUACAAAAUCCAACUUCUUUUGCCGUCUUUAUUAACCCGGACAACAGCCCUGGAGCAAGAUUCAUACAUUCAUCCGUUAACUUGACCGUGGCUGAUAUCCUUACACCAAAGGAUGUCCCUUCGAUUGUUCAUUCGUUUUUUGAUCAUCAUAAAGCUAUCAGUCACGACGGACACAAACUGCCGUUGUUGUCUGUUCAAGUGACCGAGCUUAUCGAUGGAAUAUUUAUUGCUUGCUCGGCAAACCAUAUGGUGGUUGAUGGAUCUUCGUUUUGGCAUUUUUUUAACUCGUGGUCGGAAGUGUUCCGAUCCAAAAGGAAACACGAUCUUUUGGAUCACAUCUCACGUCCUCCGGCUCUCCAAAGAUGGGUUCCAGAAGGAUGUCACAAGAUGAUCACACUCCCGUUUACUAGUGAAGAUCAGUUCAUUGACAGACCAAAACGUUCGUUGUUAAGAGAACGAAUCUUUCAUUUUUCGACUGGUUCGCUCUCAAAACUUAAAGUCAAAGUGAACUAUGAGUGCAACACCACCAAGAUUUCCACGUUACAGGCACUCUGCGCCAUUGUGUGGAGAUGUGUGACGCGUGCUCGGCGUAUACCGCGAGAACAGGAAACCGGUUGCCGGAUGGCUGCGGACAACAGGAAGAGGCUGUCUCCGCCUUUACCUGAAACUUACUUUGGUAAUUCUCUUCAUUCAGUGCGAGCAAUAGCAACGGCCGGACAGUUGCAGGAUCACAGUAUUGGGUGGGCGGCAUGGCGGUUGCACCAAGCAGUGGUGAACCAUAAUGAUAAGGUGAUCAGAGAAUUUAUUGAUUCGUGGCUAAGAAACCCAUUUGUUUAUAUUGUAUCGCGGUUUUUUGAUCCCAAUUGCAUACAUAUUGGAAGCUCCCCAAGAUUUGAUAUGUAUGGAAACAAAUUCGGAUUGGGUGAAGGAUUAGCGGUUCUCAGUGGGUAUGCUAAUAAGUUUGACGGCAAGGUGACAGUGUAUCCGGGACGGGAGGGUGGUGGAAGCAUCGAUUUGGAAAUCUGCCUAAUGCCAGACAACAUGCAGGCUCUUGAAUCUGAUGAAGAGUUCAUGAGCGUUGUUACUUGUUAAUGGAAAACUUGUCAUUUGAAACCCUAUGAACUCAUGCAAUAAAAUGUUAAUGGAAUAAAAUGUUUAUGGAAUAAAAUGUUUGUGUAUUAAAUCAUACAAUAAAA